GAUAAGUUGCGGUAUAGUCAGUUUUUGAACAUAAUUAGAAAACUAGUCACCUUACUAUUUACAAUUAGAUUUAUUCCCCCAAUUAACUGUUUCGUUUUUUGUAAGCCCCCUAUUGCCACUCAAAUAAUCAAGUAAUUACGGUUUUAUGCCACUCUCUUUAUUCCUCAUGUCGUUUCGUCUUUCUCAGAUGAAAACCGAACUCAAUUUACUUAUCCUUCUCUUUGUUCACUCAAGUAACUGUCGUUAUAUCUGUUCCCUGCAAUGUCGAAGAAAAAAACAUCAAAAUCGAAGAUCAAUAUCGAUCCCGUCGAUAUGAAACAACAUCAGAAUCGGCGAGGCAACAAUAUGGAUACUAAACCAGCCGCAUAUGUUUCUGGUUCUGCACAUUCUCCGGCAAAGACCCCAACCGGCAUAGAUCUUAUUCCAAACCCUAGCUUGCCUAGGCGUCUGUUACCUUCCGCUGGCUUACCAGAUCGGGCUCGCCUUAACAUUUACUGUAAGCCAAAGUAUUUGGGGAUUCUAGUUCAACUCCUUAAGGGUUCUGAAACAUGGAGUUCGUUUCUCGCUUCUCAAUUCUGGAAAUUGUUUGAACUCCAUGUCGCAAGGUGUUUUCAUUCUGCCAAAUUGAUUCAAGGUAUGCUUUCUCGACAACUUCUGACACAAAGAAAGCAUGAAUUAUGGACCGUAUAUGGUUGUUUUCCUCUUCGCUUCUCGCUCCGUGAAUUCCACAUCACCACUGAUCUUAUUUGUGCUAAGAUUCCAUUUGAUUAUGAGGUCGAGGAUCACCAAGACCCUGCAUAUUUAUCUUUUUGGAAUAGUCUUUUUGGUGAGAAUAGGGUAGUGAAUGUAUAAGAAGUGAUUGAUAUGUUGAGGGAUGAUAAUAAUGCAGAGCCACAAGCGGUUCUCGACUUGGAAGAAGUUGAGUCUUGCUCUAAUUGUGAUUGUUGAUGGUGUUGCUGUAUGUAGCAACAAGAAAGCAGGUUGUGUUACUGGCCGUUUUAUAGAGAUGUUACAUGAUAUUGAAUUCUUCAUGAAUUACCCAUGGGGACGUGUUUCUUUUGAAGCAACAAUAGGGCGGUUCGGUCCUUCUCUUCUUGACAAAGAUCCUAUUGAAGAUCUCAAGACCCGGUUUUCGCAAAGAAGCAGUUGCUGUUACGGGUUCCCACUUUCUCUCCAGCUCCAAGUCCUCAACUACAUCCUUGCCCUUUGUAGUAGGAUUAAAGACCCUGCUGAUUUCAGAAAUUUUAUCCAAAGACCUACUGUUGAUCUAUCUCGCACCAUUCUACUUCGUGAGACCGAUGUCCUGGAUGUAGAAUAUAAUCCGAAUGUAAGUCAGAUUUUCACUUUUAAACUCCCAUAUAUGUUUCAGUCUAUAAUAUCCAACUCAUCUGUUGUCUCUUAAAUGCCAUUAUGGCAUUCAUUAUCUUUUGUAGUUGUUAGUGGAAUACACUCUCUACCAUUCUGAAUAGUUGAAUGAAUAUCUAUCUUGGCCUGAUGAAGUUGUUGAUCCUGGAGUCUGAUAUAUCACGAAUUUUACCAACUUUAGCCAUGAUAUAUGCGUCAGUUUUAGAGUCUUUUUGUUGUUUCUAGUGUCUUUUCGAGUCUUUUCAGGUUUUUCCACGUUCGGAACAAAUUUAGAGAUAAGGAACCAUUAUGAAGCUAAACCGGAGAUUAAGAGCUGAAAGAACGAAAUCGGUAUCAGACCAAGGCAUCAACAAAAGUCUCGACGGUUUAAGAGUUUUAAAGCCCGAAGAAUCAACCCAAAAGACUUCUCUAUUUCCAACUUUAGUCCCUGCACGUUUUUGGAGACAUUAUAUAUAGUUUUUAAGGUUUUUAUUAUUGAUUAUCUUGCAUCUUGCUUUUAGCUUUGUAAUUUUCUGAGCUUGAACCCUUAGGAAUAUAAUUAGAGAGAGCUACUUUCAGAGAUUUAAAAAUCCUUGUAGAGAGAAGAUUUAUUCUAAA